AUGANAAAAAUCAUUGCAGAAUUGGAAAAGCCAAGUGUUAGAAUGAUUGGUCUUCAUGGGUUAAGUGGCAUGGGCAAGACUACUUUAGUCAAAGAAGUUGUUAAAGUAGCCUUAGAAGCUAAGAAGAUCGACGUAGUGACCAUGGCAAGCGUGACAAGAAAUCCUGACAUAAGAAAAAUCCAGGGACAAAUUGCUGACUCGUUGGGGAUUAUAUUGGAUGAGGAAAGUGANGUUGCAAGAGCUGCUAGAAUACANAAGAGAUUAAAGAANGAGAAGGAGAAGACACUUAUAAUCCUAGAUGAUCUUUGGGAAAAGGUGGACUUCAAUAUGCUUGGGAUCCCAUAUGAAAUACAUAAUCAUACAGGCCUAAAAAANGUUAAAGAAGGAAAAUCCGUCCAUGUUGAUAGCUUGAUGAAUCAAAAGGAAGGAAGUCCUAAAGAACCCCAUGGUGCUUCGNAUGAGUUGAAGACUGAAAAAACUCGUAGUCAGUACAAAGGGUGCAAAGUUUUGUUGAUUUCUGAAAGCAAAACGGUAUUAUUAACUCAAAUGGGAAGGAAAGAAAACUGUGUUUUCUGUUUGGAAGCCUUGAAGGAGAAGGAAACAGAGAUGCUGUUCAAGAAAAUGGCUGGAAUGGGAGACUAUAAUUCUAAAUUUCAGAAGUUAGGAGCUCAAAUUGCGAACAAGUGUAAUGGGUUGCCAAUGACAAUUGUUACAACUGCAAGGGCCUUAAAAAAACAGAGCCCCUUUGUAUGGGAGGAUAUUCUUCGAAAACUUGAAUGGCAGAAGUUAACUGGAGCACCUGAGCUGUCAACAAAGUUGAGUUAUGAUCUUUUAGAAGACGAUGAACUCAAGUAUACUUUCUUACUUUGUGCUCGCAUGGGUCAUGAUGCAUUGAUUAUGGACUUGGUCAAAUAUUGCAUUGGUUUGGGGUUCCUUCAAGGGAUCUACACAGUGAGAGAAACCAGAGACAGAGUUUGUACCCUUGUUGAAAAGCUGAAAGAAUCGGGUUUGUUGUCUGACAGCUAUUCAAGGGAUCAAUUUACCAUGCAAAAUAUUAUUCGCAAUGCAGCUUUGUCAAUAGCAAAUAAGGAAAAACAUUUAUUUACAGUGACAAAGGGAAAGAUAGAUGAAUGGCCCGAGAAACUUGACGAGUAUGCUGCUAUUUCCUUGCAUCAUUGUAACUUCAUUGAGGGGUUUCCUAGGAGAAUAAAGUACCCAGGACUUAGGGUCUUCCAUUUCAACAAUAAUGAUCCACAUCUCAAAGUACCCACAAAUUUUUUUAAAGGAAUGAAGGGACUCAAAGUGUUGAUAUUGACUGGCAUUCAUCUCUCCCUCUUAGAAUCAUCAGUUUCAUCCUUGAUAGAACUCAGAAUGCUUUGUUUGGAGCAAUGCACGCUAGAAGAAUUAUCCAUCAUAGGAAUGCUGAAAAAGUUAAGAAUUCUUAGUUUUUCAAGAUCUGAUAUCGAAAAAUUGCCAGUUGAAUUGCAAAAGUUGAAAAAACUACAAAUUUUUGACUUAAGUAAUUGCUCUAAACUUAAAGAAAUUCCAUCAGGUGUCAUUUCAAACUUGGUAUGCUUGGAGGAGUUGUAUAUGAGAAAUACCUUGAUUCAUUGGGAGAAGGAAGAACUUACACGUCAAAGUAAAAUAGGCCUUCUUUCUGAGUUGAAACACUUGAGCCAAUUGACAACUCUAGACAUACAAAUCCCAGAGGUUUCCCAUUUGCCGAAAACCUUGUUCUUUGACAAGUUAUAUAGUUACAAGAUUGUUAUUGGAGAUUUGAGUGCACUCUUAGAGACUGAUUUCAAGAUUCCAGAGAUGUAUGAAACAUCUAGAUUUUUAGCAAUACGAUUGAAAGAUGGGUUUGACAUUCACUCUCUAAAGGGGGUCAAAAUGUUGUUUGAAGGAGUUCAAAGUUUGCUUUUGGAAGAACUUAAUACUGUCCAUGAUUUAUUUUAUAGAUUGAAUUUAAAGGGUUUUCCAUAUCUAAAACAUCUGUUUAUUGUAAAUAAUUUCACCAUUCAAUCUCUCAUCUAUCCGAAAGACAGACAACAGUCACAACACCCUGAGAAAGCGUUUCCUAAACUGGAGUCAUUGCAUCUCUAUAAUCUUAAGAAGAUAAAAAAUAUAUGCUCCUGUAAACUUUCUGAACCCUCCUUUGGUAAACUGAAAGUCAUCAAGAUCAAUCUCUGUGGUCAAUUGAAGAGUGUGUUCUCAAUUUCUAUGGUAAAUCUUUUAACUGCUCUUGAAACAAUUGAAGUUUCUGAGUGUUACUCUUUGACGGAGAUUGUCUCUGUGGAAGAAUCACAAAGCAAUACUCAGGAAUCCAAACUGGUGUUCCCUAAAUUACUGUAUUUGAAGCUACAAUCUUUGUCUCUGUGUGGUAAAUUUUAUUCCAUAACGGAGGAAAAACUCUUCAAUGAAAAGGUUGAUGUUUCAAAAUUAGAGAGAAUGGAGUUGUCCUCAAUUCCCAUUACCGAGAUAUGGAAUUAUCAUCAUUCAAACAGGUCCUUGUUUAAAAAUUUGACACAUUUGGAUGUUAAUGGUUGUUGGAAACUAGAACAUCUAAUAUCUUUUUCAAUGGCCAAGUGUCUGGGAAGCCUUCAAAGCCUUUUUGUAAGUGAAUGCGGAAAUAUGAAAGGCAUCUUUCCUGAUAGCAUGCAGAUGGAGGGUGACAUCUUUCCAAAAUUGAAGAAUAUCAAAUUAAGUAGCAUGAAGAGUUUGCGCAAGAUAUGGCCCUCAGACCUCCCUUCAAAAUCCUUUAGCAAACUAGACACACUAAUCAUUGAGAAGUGUGAUAAAUUAGUCAGUGUUUUUCCUCAUUAUUAUGAGGGAAUAUUUCACAGUCUAUGCAACCUGACUGUUACAAAAUGCACGCAAAUGCAAACAAUAUUUGACACAUAUGAUAAAAUGCGUUAUGUUGGGGUUGUUAGCUUGCAAGAUCUUCAUUUAGAAAUACUCCCAAAUUUGAAGCAUGUAUGGAAAUUGGAAAAGGGUAAAGGAGGGAUUCUUGAGUUGAAGAAUCUGCAAAAGAUAAUGGUUCAAAAUUGUUACUGCUUGGAAAAUAUAUUUCCAUUUUCUGUAGCUGAGAAUCUUGGUAAUCUUGAAUACCUUGUGGUGAGUUAUUGUGUUGAAUUGAGGGAAAUUGUGGCCAAAAGUGCGGCUGUCAACACUGCUAAAUUAUUAUUCAAGUUCCCUAAACUAAGAAGCAUUAAAUUUUCAGUCCUACCACGACUUACAAGUUUCUAUCCAGGAGCUUUUCAACUGUGUUGUCCAACAUUAAAUGACCUAUCUAUUGAAUAUUGUGACUUGCUGGAACCAUUCCAGAAAGAAACUGUAGAUGUAGAAGGAAAAUGUGUCCUCUUUUCUGAAGAGGUACUCAACAAGUUGAAGUCGAUGCAAAUUGAGUCUUGGCAUGCAAAGUCACAAAACAGUUGUAUGAAUGAAGGGAAUCAUCGAAGAGAUAGUUUAGAAGAGCUUUGUUUAUCUAGAUUAUCGGAUACUGAGAUCUUAUAUUCUUUUCUCCAUAGCAACCCAAAUCUGGAAAGCCUAUCCUUGAGUGAUUGUUUAUUUGAAGAGAUAGUGCCUCUUGAAAAAAAUACAAAAAUUGAAACACUGGGAGUAGUUCCAAAGCUGAAAAACUUGAAGUUGAUAAACUGUAAACUUAAAGAUCUGGGCUUUGAAGAAGACAUAAUUCUUAGAAGGGUAGAACUCUUGCUUUUAAAAAGAUGUCCUUGCAUGACAACAGUGGUGUCUUCUUCGACAUCUCUCAGUAGCUUAGUGAAUCUUGAAGUUGAUAACUGUGAUGGAUUAGAAAAUCUAAUGUCACCAUCUACUGCAGAAAGCUUAGGUCAACUCAACACCAUGAAGGUAACCAAAUGUAAAAAUCUAAUGGAAAUAGUAGGAAAAGAUGCAGGGAAUGCUAGCAAAGUUGUUUUUAAAAAAUUGAAGACCCUGGAGCUUGUUUCUCUAAAGAAACUCCAGAGCUUUUGUAACUCUGAGAGUUGUGAAUUUGAGUUUCCUUCGUUGGAAAGACUAGUGGUGAGUGCAUGUUAUAAUAUGAAAAAAUUUUCUGACAAGGUCACGAGACGAAGCACACCCAUUUUACAAAAUGUAUAUGCGAUACUUGAACAAGAGAAGAAAAGAUACUGCUGGGAAGGUGACUUAAAUGCCACAAUACAUAAAAUGUUUCUGGAUAAGAAAUUUUUUGAAGGCAUGAACAUGAUGAGUUUCUCUGAUGACGGAAAGCUAAAACAAGAAAUGAUGAGUUUAUCUGAUCACCUAGAACUAAAUCGAGCCUGGCUAGGUGGUGAAGUUGAUCCCCAAAGUAUUCAUAGUUGGUUCUACAGUUUGAAAGUUUUGAAGCUUGAGAAGUGUGAAAUUCAGCAAUGUGCAAUUCCAUCUAAUAUUCUUCCUUAUUUGAAAAACUUAAAUGAACUGAUGGUGCAAGAUUGCAACAAUGUAGAAGUAGUUUUUGAGAUGAAUGUCACACAGGGAACAGGAACAACAUUCCAAUUGCAGAAAUUAACUCUAAAUCGACUAUCAAAGCUUAAGAAUGUGUGGAAAGGGAAUGGUGAAGAAACUCGCAGCUUUCAAAAUCUGCGGGAAGUGGCUGUUCUAGAGUGUCACAUGAUGCAAACUUUGUUUCCUGCAGCCCUGGUAAAAAAUCUUAAGAAGCUUCACACACUUAUGAUUGGACGUAGUUGGGGGUUAGAAAUUGUUGGAAAGGAAGACAAUGCAGCAUUAGCAACACAGAAUUUGGUGUUUCCUUGUUUAACUACAUUAGUUCUUGUUGACCUGCCAGAGCUCAAUUACCUUUAUCCAGAACCAUUCACCGUGGAAUGCCCCGUGUUAAAAUUUUUAAGAGUGUUAGAUUGUCCGAAGUUGGAUCUGUUUCCUCGUUUCUUAGAUCUAAAAACGGUCGUUGCCAACCUUGAGCAAUUGGUACUCGAAGGGAAACACAGUUUGGUGUUAGAGUCAAGUUUACAAGAUCUUGAGUACUGCUUUGAGGAUUUAAAUUCUAUUUCUCUGCGAUUUGAUGUUGAUGAAAAUGAAAAGUCUAAUUUGCCUAUUCAAAUACUCCAAAGGGUGCCAAAUUUACAUGAAAUGAGUAUAAGUUCUUGCCAUUGCCUAGACGCAUUCCGCACUGAAAUUUCUGAAAUGAAUAAAAAGGUGAUGCUUACAGACUUGAAACGUUUGGAUCUGAAUGAUGUAUGGGAGCUCAAGUCUAUUGGAUCGGGGGAUGUUCCAUGGUUAGACAUGAUUUGUAAGAAGCUCCAUAGAUUAUAUGUUGCCAAUUGUCCUCGUUUCAUGGCAGUAAUGCAUUCCCCUUCUGCACAGUUUUUCUCCUGUUUGAAAGUGUUGUCUGUAUUCAAUUGUCAAAGAUUGGAGUAUUUAUUCACAUCAUCAGCAGCAGAAAAGUUGACUCAGCUUGAGCGUAUCCAUCUGUACAAAUGUAGAUCGAUAAAAGAAAUAGUGGCAAAAGAGCAAGGUGAAACAACUUCAGGAGGGUUCAAAUUGCAGCAGCUACGCUGCGUAUCUUUGUCUUAUUUAUCAAGCUUGGAAUGUUUUUAUUCUGGAAAUCGCACUUUGCAGUUACCCUCUUUGAUAGAAGUUCGCAUAAUUGAGUGCCCCAAGAUGGAAAUUUUCUGUAAAGGAUCAAUGGGUCCCAAUUUGUGUAAAGAAAUUAGAACUUCCUAUACCUCAAAUAAUGGAUUGGUCAUCGUGCAUGAUGAUCUUAACUCCACUGUCAAAAAGGUGUUUCGACAACAGAAUCAUAUAGUUUUCGGGGAUUCUCGUAUGUUGCAAGACAUAUGGAAAUCAGUGACACUCCCCGAAGGGUAUUUCCACAAUUUAACUUCUAUGGUAGUUGAAGGUUGUGAAUUUUUAUCAGAUGCAAUACUACCUUCCCAUUUACUUCAUUUACAUCAACCAUCUACCUCUACCACAUUUGACCCCAACAAUGUCGUCAGCAAAGAUGCUUAUGAUUCACUUCUAGCCAGAUUUGAAAAUCUGGAAAAUCUGGUUAGGACAUUGGUUCCUCAGCAAGGACAUACCGCCCCAUCAUCAUCCCAGCAGCCUCCUUUCCAGACCACAAUUGUGCAAGACGAAGAUAGUGAUGAUUCUGAUGAUCGUGAUGAUCCUAAUCCUGAUGCUGACGUAGCUUGCGAGUCAGAAGCUUCUUCUAAUGAGUUGAAAAAAGAACUUGAUUUGCUGGGUAAAAAGUUUGGAUGCAGUUCAUCCAUGACAAAUAACAUAAUUAGUGAUGGAAGUGAACUACGAUAUGACAAUCCGGUCAUCGGUACAAUACCCAAAAUUGUUGAGGCAAGUGUUGAUGUACUUGUUCGUAGCCCUGUAGCAGUGAAGCGAAAAGGAUGA